UUGAGCAGGAUCCUCUCAGGUUUUUUCAGAUUCUUCUCAGGUUCCUCAGUGAGUGCAUAAAUAGAAAUCUCCUUUAAAAGUUAUAAUUUUUUGCUGGAAAAUCAGUUAGACCAACAACAAGUUUCUGUCAUCAUCAUAAAUCAUCCUGGUUUCCAACCUGAAACUCCUAGGAGGCCUCUGCUAUAGUCUAUCAGGAUGCAGGACUAUGUAGCAAGUCUUGUGGUUUUGAAGAGAGUGGAUGAAUGCUGGUCACUGUGAAUGACUCACAAUACAGGGGGCGCUACACCCACCGGCUCCUGGUGGUGGUGGACCGGAGGCUGCGCACAGAGACACCGACCCCCAGAACCACGCAUCGAUCCCGGAGUGAUGGCGUCGCAACAUCCCGUCCGCAAGAACCAGGCAGCCUCCGGGAGAAGCGCAGUGGUGGAGAGGAGGAAUCUGCUCACCGUGUGCAGGUUCUCUGUUAAGACACUGUUGGACCGUUCCUGUUUCGAGACCAUAGACGACUCAUCUCCAGAGUUUACAAACUUUGUCUCGAUCCUGGAAAAUAUUCUCUGUCACAAAUUCAAAGGUCAGACAACAUGGUUUGGUUAUGAAAGCCCUCGUAGUUUCUGGGAUUACAUUAAAGUGGCUUGUAACAAAGUCCCUCAUAACUGCAUCCGAAGCAUCGAGAGCAUGGAGAACGUGCAGUCCUCCAGAGCAAAGGGCAGAGCUUGGAUCAGAAUAGUCCUAAUGGAAAAAAGACUUGCAGAAUACAUCUCCUCUGCAUUAAGAGACCUCAGAAUCACCAGGAGAUUCUAUGAAGACGGGGCAAUUAUGUUGGGAGAAGAAGCAGCGUUGUUAGCAGACACACUCAUCGGCCUCAACACCAUAGACUUCAGUUUCUGUCUGAAAGGUGAGGCUCUGGAUGGCAGUUGUCCUGCGGUCAUUGAUUACACGCCAUAUUUGAAGUUCGUUCAGAGUGCAGACAGCAUCAGCAGUGACGAGGAGGAGAUGAGGACGAUGGGGAGCAGCGGCAGUGAGAGCAGCACUCCAGACAGAACCGCCACAGCCGCCUCCAUCUUCACUGAACAGAGCUCCUUGUUCAGCAAGUGCAAACGCUUUGAGCAGAAAUACCGCAUGGCCCUUGAGCAAAAGGGUUAUCUGGAGGAGCUGGUGCGGUUGCGAGAGGCCCAGCUGUCUGAAGCCGUGUCCCGGAGCAAAGCCCUGGAACAGAGCCUGACGGACGCACAGCUCAGUCACACAAUGGACAAACAGCAGCUGGAGUACAUCAUACUGGAGCUGCAGGACCAGCUGACGAUACUCAAAAAUAAUGACUUGCGGUCCAGGCGGGAGCUGACGGCCCACCUCACAAACCAGUGGCCCUCUCCUCACGCCCUCGACACAAACGCUGUUGCAUUGGAUACGCUGCUUUAUAAGAAAAGCAUGGGACAGUGGGAAAAGAGUACUUCUCAUAGUUUGAAGAAUUUACUGGAACCACCACAGUUUAAGUGUUUAGAAAGCCAGCCAUCAAGUGCAACUUUAACCCAUUCUGAUACCAGUAAGUGAAGGCAGGGUUUUUUUUUUUGUUUUUUUUUUGCAAUAAAACUGUGUCACUGUCAGCCAGGUAGCAAAUAGAGCUUUUCUAAACAUAGUGUGCGGCUCCAACAAGUUUGCCUUACCUGGUCAUCAGAAGCAACUGGACCACUGAAGAAUACACAGUUCCUUAGCUAAAGCCAUUGAAAUCUGUCUUAAUAUUUAUCAAUUGUACAAGCUUCAGAUUGUGUUAAAUGGUUAAUUUACUGAAUGUUGACAUUUUCAUAUUUUUCUUAUUUAUAUUGAUUGUUGAGUGGACUAUGAAUUAUUGAAUUAUCAUAUUUACCCGCAAAAUUGUUAUGUUUUGUUACUAUUAGUUAAAUUAAGCACCAAUGUUAUCUGUUUAAAGCCCAUUGAGUUAUGUGCCUCAGUGUUUGAUUAAGAAGUAAAUGCAAGCACCUGAAUUAAGCCAUAAUUUAUUCUUGUAAUUCAUAAUAUAGCAGUUAUUAUGGGUUACUAUAAUUAUUACGUAACUUGGCUAAUAUAUUUCUAUGCCAUUUCAAAAGUUUGCAAACAAAUGACGAAAUGUUAUCU